UUGCAGUGGCUCCCUCCGCAUCUCGAAGCUGCAGAGCUCCUCCCAAGUGCCCAUCUCGGGCGCCCCUGGGGCUCUUUGGAAACUCUUUCCCGCUGCCCGCCGCCACUGCUCCGGCUGCCCAAGGCCCAGCCUAAUCAGCCGCCAGUCCUAGGAGACCCAGGAGUUGGUACAUACGGGUCUGUCACACGGAAGGCAAGGAGAAGGGUAGUUAAAUAUGGCUCUUCUCUUCCUUUACUUUCCGCCCCCUCGCUCUCUCAUGUUACCUUGGAGCCACCACCAUCCCCAAGGGGGCUCGAGAGAGGUGCGCACGAGCCAGAGUCACCCAGGGAGCGGAGAGCGGACUCCGUGCGCGUACGUUUCGUAAAGACGCGCGCAGGCACACACUCACAUAUAUGCACGCACUUUGCCCAGCUUCUUGCUCGGAGUUUGCAAGCCCUGGCGUCUCCCCAGGGGCGGGAGAAGGGCGAGCAGCCGCAGCCUCCACGGGGGAAAAGCGCGCUGGAUGUUCCUGGGAACGAGAUGGGCCUGCGGAGACUGACACCGACCCAGGCGCACAGGCGGGUCUUCCCCGCGUGCCCUGAAGACAUACGCACCGCCGCAACCAUAUACGACAAUACCAUCAUAUUGUAUUAUGUUUCUACACCUUGAAUUAAGGAUUUCAAAAAACCUUAAAGAAGCCUCAUUCAGUUAGUGUCCUGUUCUAGCACCAACUGCAGAAAGCAGUGGAGCCAGGGAAGCAAAAAACCGAGACUACAAAAUAAAAUUGUCAAGCAAACUGAAGGAUGAAUCUUGCUGACAAAGCAGCACGGCAUCUACAAAAUUAUGUCCUAUGUUACUUACUUGAAGACUUCUUUUUAGAGACCAACAGCAGAAUGGAACUAAGUGAGCUGUAGCCUUUGUGGAGGUGGACGACUGAAACACAGUACAAUAAAAAGACUGACAACUCUCCUUGGAAUGAGCCUUCAUUAGUACCUUGGCAGUUUGCCCAUGUGUUUCCAAAAACUCACAUUUGGUGGGUUCACACUUUUUUCAGCAUGGCAAAGAGCUGAUGAUUGCAGAAACACGCCUGCCUCUCCAGCAUACAAGCAGGACUACAGGAUAGCAGAUGAACUUCACAGUUUCUCCAGUGAGGCAGAGAACUAUUUGACACGUUAAUCUAGUUAAAAUCCUUACACCAGAGCCUCCUUUCCUGCUAAACUAUUUUGUACUCAUAAUAUUUUGAACAAUAGUGUAAAAUCCCUUGUUUUGAGAUAACUAUUUAUUUUUAGAAGUGAACACUGUGAAUCCAGCAGGCUCCACCAAAGCCUAGGACAAGGUUUUGACAAUUAGACAACAAUAUUAGAAUUGUGUUAUGUGCCACAAAUUUCAAUUACAAAGCAUUACACUAGUGGCUUUCAAGGUGUAUAAA